CACACAUCCAGAUGCAUUUGCCUUUAUUUUUUUAACUUCCACUUUCGGUAACUGAAUGCUGGACAAACUGCUGGAUCGAAGGCUCACAAAUGGAAUAUGAAAUGGCGUCUCCGGUGCCUGAAACCAACUUCACAACUUUCACCAAAUUCAUCAUGAAACCAUACACAACUAAUACAACACAAACUCUUUGUGACCUUCCAGCUAACGAGGUUUUCAUAUUUGCAUAUUCACUACUGUUUCUCGUCAGUCUGGUGCUGAACUGUAUCACGAUGUGGGUGUAUUUCUGUUCGAAUUAUAAUGUUCAGUCCAGUGUCACCGUCUACAUGAAGAACCUUGUUGCAGCUGACUUCUUCCUUUGCCUUUGUUUGCCUUUGCGCAUUGCUGCCUACGCCAAUAAUUCUGAGAUAAUGAGCAAUAUUUACUGCAGUUUUGGAGCAACAGCAUUUUAUAUAAACAUGUAUGCAAGCAUUCUCUUCAUGGACUUUAUUGCUGCAAACAGGUAUCUGAAAAUUGUCCAUCCAGUGGAGACUCAUGCUCUGCAGACAGUCCGUACCGCCUACUACAUUUCUGUAGCAACUUGGCUCUCCUUGUUAGCCAUGGCUUCCGUCUACCUGACACUCUUUCUACAGAACUUCUUGGGUCAAAAGCCUGAUGCAUUUACCUGCGAAUCCCGGUUCAGUUCCCAGCUCAGUGUGACCUACAAAAUCAUUCACUGUUUGACCUUUGUGGUCUUCAUCGUCAUCCUGGUAUCUCUGAUUCUGCUAUACUGGAAGACUCAUCAAAAGCUCAGAGAAGUUCAGUCCUCUUCACAGGUCAGCUUCAGAAGCCAAACAUUCAAGAGGUCCAAGCACAACAUGUUAGUGCUGGUGGUCAUUUUCUGCGUGUGCUUCGUUCCCUAUCACCUGGUGAAAUUACCUUACAUAUUCGUCAAGCCCCUGCUGCGUGACUGCACAGCAACCCAGCCGUUCUACAUCCUGAAGGAGCUCACCAUCGUCCUCGCAGCACUAAACGUCUCCUUGGAUCCACUUAUUUACUUUUUCUUUUGCAAGACCUUCAGAGCACAUUUCAACUUAAGUACAAGGAGUUACCAACCUCGACGUGAAUGAGGACUAAAUCAUUUUUGUUAAUGUGCUUUGUGCUUAUCUAUCAUUGUGCAAUUGCUAGAGGACAAGUUGUUAAAAAUUCUUUUUAGAAAAUAUAAAUUUGUAAGUUGCAAACUUAAAUUUGUAAGUCUCAGACUUUGCAUGCCUAUAACUCUAGUACUAUUGAAAUACUUUUAGGGGAUUCUUUGUUCUCAUCUUGCUUCCAUAUCUUCAUAAAUUUUGAGAGUCCCUAUUCAGUCUUUUCUUUUAAGAGUUUUGUGUUCCGAGUUUUACCACAAUGCCGUGUCUCUAGAGUCUGUGACGACCUCAAAGCUUCAACCAGCUAACAACUCAGCAUUUUCAGGCCAACACCCAACUAUUGGCUUCCCAAGACGUCACUUCAACGACUACUGAACUUCCAGCCAAUCAGCAACCUUUGGAAACUCCUUUCUGCAAAGACAACAACUGAACACACAAUACAAGUACUUCCAGAUUCUAGCUAAACAACUGCAUUUAAUGUACAUUUUAGCCUCACUGAGGAACUUAUUGUGGGUGAAGCCAGGGAGGGUUUCAUUUAAAUCAUAUUUUUUCAUUAUUAUUUUUCAAUAUUUUAUACUUGGUUAUGUGUAUUGUUUUUCCUAAAUAUAUGUGUAAUUGUAAUUUGACUGAAAAGGGAAAAAACGUGCGAAGCACUGCAGAGGCUGUUGUUUAUUUUCUUUACUCAUUGAGCAAAGUGGCAAAUUGUUUUGUGUUG